CAGCAAUUCAGAUGUUAAUAAAUCAAAUCCCAUUUUUCCCUUCCCACAUCUCUCUCUAUCUUCUUCCCUUCUCUCUUUGCAGGAAAACUGAUCAUUAGAGCAAAAAAAAAUAUAAAAAAUGGGAGCUCUAGGCAAGGUGGUUGACCUGAUUUUGUUGCUAACAUUCUUGGCCAUCUCGGUUGUGGCUCCUUUCUUGGAUUCCCAGACUUUUUUGCCUCAGAGCAUGUUCCCGGACUUUCUCGUUCGUUUUUAUAAAUGGUAUGCUAUCGAGAACCAAGAUUAUUUGCUACUGGAGAAGCCUCAUUUCUUCAUCGCACUUAUGAAAUUGGAGCUUUUUUUCGUAUGGCCUCUAGCUCUGCUUAACAUUUAUGGGUUGUUGACCUCCAAGCCUUGGUUCAACACCAGCUGCCUCAUCUUCGGUGCCGCUCUUAUUACCUCCACGACUGCUAUGGUGGGGGAUAUGAUCGGAUCCCAGAAGCCAUCAUCAGAUAAACUGGUUAUGAUGUACUCGCCUUUUAUUGCAUUUGGGGCUCUAGCAGUGCUGCGAGGGCUGGUUUCACAAUGCAAGGCUUCUACAAGCAUUAGGAACGGACCUACGUUGGUUACGAAGAAGAGGGCUUGAGUCGAGAUACAAACAUCAUCUUUCUUCUCUCUGAUACCAUGUUAAAAGAAUAAUAUGGGAGGGAUUUGUUCCAUUUUCUCAAUUAGGAAAACAGAGUUUGUUUAAAGCUAAGUCGAGUUAAAAAUCAAAGUGCAAUAAUAAAAACAACGAUACUAGAACCUGACAGUAUUUGUAAUAGUUUCUAAA